CGGGGCUGGGGCAAUGGGGAAGGGAAGUCUCCGCUGAUGUACAGCUGAAGAGUGGCGGCCGGACCUCGCCAUUCGUAUAUUCCGCACACCGAAAGCUGCCUGGCCACUGACGGCACCGCGAGCAGGCGCAACAAUCAUCGGGUGGUUUCAUGCGAAGAAUUAGUAAGGAUGAUGGCAAAUAUUGUGAUUCUAAUUGUGAUAGUGGCCAUAUCGUUAUCAUUUUGGGUUGUGUCCAUGACAGCAAGUACUUAUUAUGAUGAUCUACGACCAGUGUCACCCUGGCGAUGGAUGUUUUCUGUGAUAGUUCCACUAAUUAUUACUUCGCAUGCACUAAAGAAGAAAAGUCUUGAUCGUAGUGGAGCUAUUGGAGCUUUGAUUGUUGGAAUCAUCCUCACAGUUGCCAACUUCAGUUUCUUUUCCGCAUUGCUAACUUUUUUCGUUAGCUCGUCUAAACUUACAAAAUGGAAGGCAGAAGUAAAGAAGCGUUUGGAUGCAGAAUACAAGGAAGGUGGCCAGAGGAAUUGGCUACAAGUAUUCUGCAAUGGAGGUAUUCCUACAGAAAUUGCCUUGCUUUAUAUGAUUGAAAAUGGGCCAGGAGAAAUUGCAAUUAAUUUUUCAAAACAAUACACUGCCUCUUGGAUGUGUCUAUCCCUCCUGGGUGCUCUGGCUUGCAGCUCAGGAGACACAUGGGCAUCAGAGAUAGGAAGUGUUCUUAGUAAGAAGCAACCAAGGCUGAUAACCACCUGGGAACAGGUACCCAUUGGUACUAAUGGAGGAGUCACUCUUGUGGGUCUUGUAGCAAGUUUACUUGGUGGAACAGUUGUUGGAUUAGCCUACCUACUAACUCAGUUUAUGUUUGUGGAGGAUCUGGAUAGCUCACCACCUCAGUGGCCAGUUGUUUUAUACGGUGCUGCAGCAGGUUUCCUCGGUUCCAUUUUGGAUUCCUAUCUGGGUGCCACAAUGCAGUAUUCAGGUUUUGAUGAAGAUAGUGGAAUGGUUGUUAAUCACAUGACUCCAAAUGGAAUGCAUAUUUCAGGAAAACCUAUCCUGGAUAACAAUGCAGUGAACCUCUUCUCGGCCAUCCUUAUUGCUCUGUUACUGCCAGGAAUAACCUGGCCUUUUUGGCCAAGGAAACCAACCAUUUAGAAAAGUCUGGCUGAGAAGGCUAACAGCAUCUUGGUUUAUUAUUUCAUCCAAAAUGUAGCAUCUCUGACAGUACCAUUGACCACUGGGAUCUCUUCUGGGGUAGAGGCGACCUGUACAAGAGGGACAGGUUGCACUUGAACCACAGAGGGAUCAAUAGGAAAACUUGCUAAUGCUACAUGGGAGAGUUUAAACUAGUUUGGUAGUGGGGUGGGACUCUGAGUCGGAGCAAGUCAUUGGAUAAAGCAGUAGCCAGCGAGAGAAAGUUUAAUACUCAGGAUAGCCAGGGGCACACCUACUACCCCAUGAACCUCUGCAUCCAACACAUCAUUCUCCGCAACCUCCAUCACCUCCGACGGGAUCCCACCACCAGGCACAUCUUCCUUUGUGGGAGGCUAAAGGAGAAAUUGCAGAGGCUCUUGCAGAGAUUUUUGCUUCAUCAUUAGCCACAGGUGAAGUUCCUGAAGACUGGAAGGUGGCUAAUGUUGUUCUGUUGUUUAAGAAGGGAAGCAAGGACAAGCCAGGCAACUACAGGCUGGUCAGCCUGAUGUCAGUAGUGGGGAAGUUACUGGAGGGAAUUCUGAGGGACAGGAUCUACCAGCAUUUAGAUAGAUAUAGACUGAUUAGGAGGAUUCAGCAUGGCUUUGUGUGUGGAAAGUCAUGCUUGACAAACCUUUUAGAGGUAACGAAAAAGGUAGAUGAGGGUAGGGCAGUGGAUGUUCUCUAUUUGGACUUUAGCAAGGCCUUCGGCAAAGUCCCGCACGGUAGGCUGGUCUGGAAGGUUAGAUCCUAUGGAAUCCAGGGAGAGUUAGUUAGGUGGAUUCAAAAUUGGCUUGGAGGUAGGAAGUAGAGGGUAGUGGUAGAAGGUUAUUUCUCGGAAUGGAGGCCGGUGACUAGUGGUUUACCGCAGGGGUCGGUGUUGGGACCCUUGUUAUUUAUAUAAAUGAUUUGGAUGCGAAUGCACAAGACCUGAUCACUAAGUUUGUGGAUGACACGAAAUUAGGAAGUGUUGUUGAUAGUAAAGAAGAUUAUCAUAGAUUACAGGGGGAUCUUGAUCAGUUAGGGAAGUGGGCCAAGGAGUAGCAAGUAGAUUUCAAUACAGGUAAGUGUGAGGUGAUGCAUUUUGGAAAGUCAAGCUAGUGUAGGACUUAUGCUAUGAAUGGUAGGGCACUAGGGAGUGUAAUGGAACAGAGGGACUUCAGAGUACAAGUUGCAGAGUUUGUUGAAAGUGCCGUCACAGGUAGACAGGGUGGUGUAAAAGGCAUUUAGCACACUGACCUUCAUCAGUCAGGGCACUGAGUAUAGGAGUUGGGACAUUAUGUUGCAGUUGUAUAAGUCAUUGGUGAGGCUGCAUUUAGAGGACUGUGUAUAGUUUUGGUCACCCUGUUAGAAAGACAUGGUUAAACUGGAAAGAAUGCAGAAAAGAUUUAUGAGGAUGUUGCCAGGACUAGAGGGCCUGAAUUAUAGGGAGAGGUUGGGCAGGCUAGGUCUGUAUUCCUUGGAGCAUUGGAGGAUGAGGGGUGAUUUUAUAGAAGUUUAUAAAGUCAUGAGGGGCAUAGAUAAGGUGGAUGGUAGUAGUCUUUUCCCCAGGGUAGGCAAGUCCUAAACUAGAGGACAUAGAUUUGGGGUGAGAGGGGAAAGAUUUAAAAGGGACUUGAGAGGCAGCUCUUUCACGCAGAGGAUGGUGAGUAUAUGGAACGAGCUGCCAGAGGAAGAGGUUGAAGCAGGUACAAUAUUUUCAUUUAAAAAGUACUUGGAUAUGUACGUGCAGGGGCGGGGCUUAGAGGGAUAUGGGCCGAAUGCAGGAAAUUGGGACUAGAUGGGUAGGCACCGUGGUCGGCAUGGACUUGUUGAGUCGAAGGGCCUGUAUCUGUGCUGUAUUGGUCCAUGACUCUCCACAACACUUGCUCAAUACAAUACUGAAUUGUCACCUAAAUUAUGUCCUCCAUUUUCUAAAUCCAAAACUUCUGGAUCUUAAACGCACUAAAAUAGUGAUGAUCCAGUAUAAUUUAAACGAACCCAAGGUGAAAUAAAUAUAUGGUGAAGUAUUCAGAAAUGGGGUAACCAUUUUUAUUGACUGUAUGUUUCAAGAAGCUAUAUGCAUCAGCUUAAAUUGUGCUUUCCAUAAUAUGCAGAUAAAUUGUUUGUGUGGCCUUUUAUCUAAGUUGGUAUAGAACGUGAAUUUGUUUUUCAUGAUUUUGUGACACAUUCUCUGUAAAGCAUGUUUUCUGUGUAUUUAAUAUAUAUCCUCAGAUGUGUGAUUUUUUUUGCAUAACAUGCUUUUUUAUCUUUAUUUUGUUUAAAUGUGCAAUGAUUUUAAAAAUAAUUUUACAUAUCUGAAAUAAUACAUUCGUUUUUUUGUGUCCCUUGGUUUUAUAUAGGCCUGAAAAGGUUGCACUUCAUUUUCAAACUUAUUAGUCACUUUGAGGUUCAUAAUAAAUACUUCUGCGAAAAGAGGCAACUCAGCUCAUUAUGUCUGUGACAAAGCUU